AUGUCUCCCUUAAAGCUAGAUGGGCGUCCGCGGUUCCGACGACGGUCCACGACCGACAUCGAGGAUUAUUUCGCCGGACCGAAAGAGUAUGACCGCCAUUCGAAAUGGCCGAUAUUCAUGCGGCUUCACGGCAGCAUCCUACCGGAGAUGAUCCUUCCCCUCAUCGUCGUCGGAUGCUGGUCCACUGCCAUCACAGUGAUCAGCGAGCUGGUGACGCCGCUCGGCAUCUCGAACGUGUUGCUGACCGUGCUGGGUUUCGUGGUCGGUUUGGCGCUGUCCUUCCGCAGCUCGACCGCGUACGAGAGGUAUGCCGAGGGCCGGAAAUAUUGGGGUCAACUCAUUCAGACGGCCCAGACUCUGGCGAGGACGAUCUGGAUCCAUGUCCAUGAACGCGAGGAGACGUAUACUGAGGACCUCUUGGGGAAAGUCACUGCCUUGAACCUCAUCGUCGCAUUUUGCAUUGCCCUUAAACAUCGUCUGCGGUUCGAACCUUUCAUCCACUACGAUGACAUAUGCGGCCUGGUUGAUCACCUCGAUACCUUUGCGCGAGACGCCUCGGACAUCGAUGGUGGCAAUGAGAAGCGACACGGCCUGUUGAAGGCGACCGGCCAGUACCUUGGGGUGUCAUUCGCAGAGUCCAACCCUCGAAAGGUGAUGAAGAAGGCGACGAAGCCGCUCGGAAACCUACCGCUGGAGAUCCUCUCGUACCUGUCGAUCUACAUCGAGACGAGCAUGAGGGAUGAGAUGUUGCGGACCUCGAUGUUCCAGGUCCAUGCUGCCAACUCAAUUUCCACCUUCAACGAGGUCCUGGUCGGGUGUGAGCGUGUCUUGAACACCCCUCUCCCCACGGCAUAUACCAUCGCCAUCGCGCAGAUCACCUGGCUCUACAUCAUAAUCCUUCCCUUCCAGCUAGUCGGGACGCUCAACUGGAUCGCCAUCCCCGGAUCUCUCGUCGCCGCCUACAUUAUCCUCGGCCUUGCCCUUAUCGGACGCGAGAUCGAGAAUCCAUUCGGACGGGACGUUAACGAUCUGCCUCUCGAUCAGUUCUGCGACGUCCUGAGCGAGGAGAUCGACACCAUCAUGAGCAUCAAGAUGCCGACCCCCAACGAAUGGAUGAAGGUUCCUGAAAACAAGGUGCUGUAUCCAAUCAGCAAUUCUAGCUUCGCUGCGUGGAACGCUCGGGGAGAGAAGGCGGUCCGUGAGGCGCUCUCCAGCAAGGCGAAGAUGGGCUUCCAGACGAAGAAGAGCAUGCAGGAGAAUCGGGUCGAUUCGGAUCAAACGGCAUGA